AGUCACUGAAGGAUAUCUUUAUUAAAUUCACUGGCUCUGCUUUGUUCUGCCCACUCUAGCAGCUUGUCACCUCCGAUCCCAGACAUGGAGAUCCAAUACUACGUUGCAGUUUUCCUGUCAAUUCUCCUCCUCGUACUAUCAAAGUUGUUCUCCAAUCGCCGCAAAAAUCUCCCGCCGGCUCCACUUUCUCUCCCCAUCGUCGGCCAUCUCUAUCUCAUCAAAAACUCCCUUCACCAAGCUCUCGCCGCCCUGUCGGCCAAACACGGCCCGGUUCUGUAUCUCCGAUUCGGCUGCCGGCCUUUUCUCGUCGUCUCAUCCCCGGCGGCAGUUGAAGAUUGCUUCACCAAGAACAAUGAUAUCAUCAUGGCGAACCGGCCCCGGAGCAUGUCCGGCGAUAACUUUUCCUUCGACUAUAAAGCCCUCCCCUUGGCCCCAUACGGCGAUCUCUGGAGGGUCCAACGCCGGCUGACGGUGGUGGAACUGUUUUCAACGCUCAGCCUCCAGCGCUCUGCCGCUAUUCGGGAAGACGAGAUUAGAACUGUGAUACGAUCCUUGUUCAAACUAGCGUCAAAGAACGGGAACGGGAACUCAACCGUGGAUUUCAACAACCUGGCUGGCAUCUUCACUUUCAAUUCUAUGAUGAGAAUCAUGAGCGGGGAACAGUUCGUGAAAGAAGAGGAGAUUGGAGGGGAAAAAGGGAAAGAGAUUGUGAAUGGGCUUAGAGAGAUUUUCUUUGCUAGUAUCUCUGCCACGAAUGUUUGCGAUUUCUUCCCAGUUUUGAGGUGGUUUGGUUACAGAGGCCUGGAGAAGCAGAUGGUGUCACUGCACAAGAAGAGAAUUGAGUUCUUAAACGGCAUUCUGGACGAGUUUGGACGGAGAAAUAAUGGCGGAUUUUCUGAAGGUGAUGAUGAGAUGAUGAAGAGCUGCAGGGAGAAGAAGAAAAGCCCAGUGAUUGAAACUCUGUUGCGGCUGCAAAAAUUGGAGCCUGAAUUUUACACAAAUGAUCUUAUUAUGAGUAUCAUACUGAUGGUGUUUGUUGCAGGAACGGAGACAGCAACAGCGACAAUUGAGUGGGCAAUGUCACUUCUGCUAUCAUAUCCAGAAGUACUGCGCAAAUUAAGAUAUGAGAUUGACUACAACGUAGGACACAAACAUUUGUUAAACGAGUCUGAUCUCUCAAAGCUCCCUUAUUUGCGUUGCGUUAUUAACGAGACACUAAGACUAUACCCUCCAGUGCCACUAUUGUUACCCCAUUAUUCCCUACAGGAUUGUGUAGUUGCAGGGUACGAUGUUCCCAAACACACCACAGUGAUGGUUAAUGCUUGGGCUAUACAUCACGAUCCCCAAGUAUGGGAAGAGCCGGAGAAAUUCAAACCAGAAAGAUUCGAGGCCGUGGAAGGGGAAGGAGAAGGGUCGUUUAACUACAAGUUUGUUCCGUUUGGAAUCGGGAGAAGAUCUUGUCCCGGGAAUAACAUGGGGUUAAGGCUUGUUUCAUUGGCACUUGGAGCAUGUAUUCAGUGUUUUGAUUGGGAGAAUACUAAGGAGGAUAAAAUGUGCGAAGCUUAUUUAUCUCGAAGCAUCUUGCAAAAGGCUGAACGAUUGGAAGUAAUAUGCACGCCGCGCAAAAAUUGCCUUCAAUUUCUCUCCCAACUUUGAAUUGUGUUGCAUAUGUUUUCAAUGUUUAUUUUAUAUACUAGUUUUACAAGCGAAAUGUGGGACUGAUUUAAUGUUUAAUGUUUGUAUUUAAAUAAACACGGAAUAAUUUAAAGUUGUAUUUAAAUAAGCACGGAAUAAUUUAAAGUAUAUCAAUACAAGAUUAUAUAGGAUAAUUAGUUCA